UCGCCCCACACACCUACGCUACACGAACGGAAGCUUCCCUUGCUCGCUCUCCUCCAUGGAGGCCUCGCCAUCUCGCAGCGACAGCCUCUCCCGCGGCGGGUGGCCCAGGUGCAAGGCGCGCCCCACGCCGUCCUUGGAGCGCCUCGACGUCCACGCCGGCGGCCUCGUCGAGUCGUUCAACAGCUCCACGGCGUCCUUCAUCGACAUGGACCCGGAGGAGCUGCUGUUCUCGAUGCGGUGGACGUCAUCGGACGACGGCGGCCUCGACCUCGGCCCGCUCUGCGCCGGGGCGUGCUCCCCGCUGCUGGCCAGCGCCGGGCUCGUCUUCGCCGACGAGGGCCUCCUCCCCCGCGAGCCGAGCGGCAUUGCCGCCCGUGACGCCGGCAGCGCGUGCUACGCCGACGCGUCGGCGGGCUCGUCCCCGGCGUUCCACACGGCGCGGAGCACGCCGGCCUCCGCGAUCGGCUCCGCGCGGCCCUCGGGCGGCGGCGGCGCCAGGCCGCUGCUGCCGGCGACGCGGAGGCUGCUCCUCCGGUACCUGCGCUUCCUCGUGCCGCUGUGCCGCAAGGCGCGGGCGCUGCGGCUGCCGGCGCGGGUGUUCUCGGCUCCGGGGUCCAGGCCGCCGGCCGCCGCGACCCCGGCGCGGCGGUCCACGUCCAGCGCCUCCAGCGCGGCGGAGCACUGGUGCCACGGCAACGCCGACACCGCCGUGCGCGACGCCAUCCUCCACUGCAAGAAAUCCUUGCUGACCGCUCGCACAGAAUGCUGAGAUGCUGAAACGUUUUGGCCAAGCAAGAUUCAGAGAAAAAUGGAUAAUAUAUAGUAUUCCAAGCAUCUAGUUGUUUCCAUUUAAUUUUGAUUUCAAUGUAUGUACAUGCAGUACAGUGUAUACGUUGAUGAACUGUGCCCAAGGGAGUCUGACCUUGUGAGGCGAUUUAGCUACUGUGUAAUGAUAGAGGUGUUCUCUGUGCUCUGCUGUUGCCGUGGCUCUAUGCAGUUGUGCAUGGCAAAAGCUGGAUGAAAGCAUUAUAGUUGUGAUUAACAGCACCAACUUGUGGUAA